UAUAUCAUAAAAGUCAUAAAGUCAUAAAGAUUUAAAAAAACACUAAAAUUGAAAAAACUUAUGGCAGCUGUUAGUGAAGAAUUGGCUAAUGGUUAUUUUUGUCACAAUUGUUAUGGUCAUGUUUCUGUUGAUUUAAGGGAUUUUACAUGUGCUGGUUGUGGAAAUGGUUGCGUCGAGGAAAGCACUGAAGGAGCUGUACCAAAUUCGUUUGUUGAAUCCAAUGCUCUUGAGCCGAUUCAGCAAUUUGCGGAUGAGUGGUACCAAAGACAUUUUGAAGGAAGAGAAAGGAGGAGAAGAGCAGGAUCUCAUAUGAGAACGAGCGGUCCACAAAUGAUGUUUCAAAUUGGCAAUGGACAAGGCUCAUCAGUGUUUUAUUCAUCUGAUGUUGAUAGGCCAUUUGGGACAUUUUUUCAACAACUGCUACAGAAUCUUGGACUACCGAUGAUGAUGGAUGGAACAAAUUUUAACAUUGGUAGUGGACAAUUAGGUGAUUAUGUUUGGGGCCCAAAUGGACUAGACAAUAUUAUUACACAGUUGCUAAAUCAAAUUGAUCGAACAGGCCCAGCACCAGCUGAUAAAACCAAAAUUGAUUCAAUACCUGUAAAUAUUAUCACACAAACUGAUGUUGAUGAAAAUUUGGAGUGUGCAGUAUGUAAAGAUGAAUAUAAUGUUGGAGAUACUGUUAAAAAAUUACCUUGCUGUCAUGUUUUUCAUUCACAGUGUGUUGAUCCAUGGCUAGAAAUGCAUGAUUCUUGUCCUAUUUGUCGGUGUAAUCUGGAUGGUCAACGACCGAAAGCGGAAGGAUAAUGGAUGUUAAAAAUUUUCACAUUAAAUAUUAUCGUUAUUGAUAAUUUCAAUUGAUCAUAACAUGGCAAUGAAAAGCACUGAUCAAAAUCAUUAAAGAAACUUUUUUAAGCAGAGGGAAUUUAGGUUGAAGUGAAAGUACAAUGACUUUUUAGAUUCGUGUUUAUUUUUUAUUGCUACAAAAUAGAAAUUUAUUUUUAUGCCAGUUUCAGCGCCAGGUUACAAUUUUUAAUGCAAUUCAAAAUCAGUUUUGAAAAAUCUUAUGAAGCUUUUCUUUUUCUAAUAAUUUUCUUAAACUUCAUUUAAAUGUACUAUUUUUUUGUGGUUUUUUUUUUUUUGUAUUAUAUAAUUUUUGCUUGGACAAAUUUUAAUUUGCUGUAUUUUUAGUGACCUCGGCAAUCUUAUAUAAGGCAAAAAAUAUUUAUAAUGCAAACUUUAUAUAAAAAUGUUUUAUUAAUUAAUUUGCAAUGUUGUCAUUUAAUUAAAA